CGACACUUGCUCGGAUGUUCCUGGAGAUGCUCAGAACUGGCCCAUGAAGCAAAGCGACGCAUUUAUUAACCCAGGCCUCCAGAGGAAGCACAAUCACUCCCUGACAGACAGGAAUGUGGAAGAAGGCCUACAAAAAAGCUGCCAAAUGUAUGCAUUCAGCAGCACCUGAGGAGACUCUCAGGGAACACCAACCCCCAGCAGGAAGGCCAGGGGGCUAAACCUCUCACAGCCUGACUGCAUUCCUCCAAGCCAUCAGUGCGAAGGCAUGCCCCCUCCUGUGACAGAUAACUGGUAGGGAGAUGCCCGGGCACUGGAAGUUCUCUGCAGCAUGCUGAGGAGACGUAACCUUCUCACCACACUUCUGAUUGCUUUGCCAUGGGGUCUUCUUCUAACACUGUGGCAUCAGUACCCGACCACCCGCUACCUCAGCCUUCUGAGAAAGGAAACAGAUGAAAAUGUGACGGCUAAAUCUCUCUUCAACAGCACAUCUCUAGUGAGGGAGGAUGGGCUCCCAUCAUGUGCUCGGCAGCCAGCCAUCGGGACUGCUCCCAAAAUAAUCCGGAGCUAUGUGUAUGCCCGGCCUCCCCCAUGGUCAGACACCCUGCCUGCCAUAUUUGUGAUCACACCGACCUACACCCGGCCAGUGCAGAAGGCUGAGCUGACCCGACUGGCCAACACUUUCCUCCAUGUGCAGAACCUCCACUGGGUAGUGGUUGAGGACUCGCCCAGAAGGACCAACCUGGUGUCCAAUCUGCUGGAGAAGGCAGGGAUCAAUUUUACUCACCUGAACAUUGAAACUCCCAAGAGUCUGAAAGUGGGCCUGUCCUGGAUCCCAUCUCACACGCCGAGGGGCACGUUCCAGAGGAAUCUCGGACUACAUUGGUUGAGGGAAAGCUUCAGUGCCUCACCACCACCAGAGGGUGUAGUGUACUUUGCCGAUGAUGACAACACCUAUAGCCUAGAACUGUUUGAAGAGAUGCGCUACACAAAGAAGGUAUCCGUGUGGCCAGUUGCCUUUGUUGGGGGCCUCAGGUACGAGUCCCCGAAAGUGAGCCCAGCAGGCAAAGUGGUAGGCUGGAAGACGGUGUUCGACCCUAACCGGCCCUUUGCCAUCGACAUGGCUGGCUUUGCCAUCAGCAUCAAGUUGAUCCUAGAAAAGCCUCAGGCCAGUUUCAAGCUGGAUGGAGUGAAAGGAGGUUACCAAGAAACUAGUUUACUGAAGGAUCUAGUGACAAUGGAUGGACUGGAGCCCAAAGCUGCUAACUGCACAAAGGUCUUGGUCUGGCACACAAGGACUGAAAGGCCAACCCUGGUCAAUGAAGGCAAACGUGGAUUCACAGACCCAAGGGUGGAGGUGUAGAGAAAUCGUCCUUACACUAUAGUCACUUUUUGCAGCGCUCUACAUUUGCUCAGCAGCACACUGAUGAAACAAUCAAGAACAACAUCCUACAUGUGGUCAUAUCUACCAGCUUCCAACUUCCCUAAAGCCAUGAAAGAAAAAAGCAAAAUGAAUGUUGUAUGUACCCAAAUGCAUUUGGAUUGUACUCUGACCAUUUACCAUACAACUAGGAGAACGUGUUUCUGCAUUUUUAUUUAUUUGUUGGAAAACAUUUUAAAGAACAUAAGUGAAUCUCAAAAAAAAAGAAAAAAAGAAAAAAGACCAUCUGGGACAAUGUGAGAAAAGUCAGGUUUGCACAGUGGACAGAACUCUCUUUGCUAGCCCCUGAAUAAACCUUGUUUUGUGAAGCAGUGAGACAUGAGCUUCUGCAGACUGACUCCAAUGCAGUGUUCAAAAGGAGACCAUCCCUGCAGUAUUAACAGUGGAAUAUUUCAACAACAUUUUAA